AUGCCACAAGCUUCAGGAACCCCAGAAGCCUCAAAUAGUCUGGAACUCCCAGGUACCCCAGAUGCUUCGACUGUGUCAAUUUCACCGGGUUUAAGCGACAGAUUGACACCUAAGGAAAACAUUGAAGCGAACGUACAAAAUGUCAGACCGACUAAAAGAGCUCGAUUGAUCUGGGCUGAAGAUGAAACGGAAGACUCUGAUUCCUCCCUGGAAAUAUUUAACACAAAAAAACCUUUGCCUAAAAUUUGUAAUGACUCUGGUCUCAAUUCUGAUGAUGACGCUUUAUUU